GAGGGGUCGAGCUGUACUUUGGGAUAGAUAAAAGGUUUGAAGUGUCUAAUUUAAAGUCGAGUCUCAAUCCGUUAGAUCCGAACAUUUAUUGAAACUCUACGUUUUACUCAUCUUCAUUGAGUCUCAAUUAUCACUCAAGGACAGCCAUUGAGGUUAUACAAACGACAAGAUGACCAAAAUUCUACUUACAGGCGGCUCCGGCUUCAUCGCCGCACACAUCCUCGAACAGCUCCUCGCGCGCGGCCACUCCGUCGUGACGACGGUCCGCUCAGAAGACAAGGCCCAGCGCAUUCGGGACGCCCACAAGGACCUCGACGCAUCCCGCCUCGAGGUCGCCAUCGUGCCCGACAUUGCGCGCGCAGACGCCUUUGACGAGGUCGUCAAGACGCCCGGCCUCGAGGCGGUGCUGCACACCGCCAGCCCUUUCCACUUCAAAUGGACCGACGCCCAGAAGGAGCUCAUCGACCCGGCCGUCGUCGGCACGACGGCCAUCCUCAAGGCGCUCAAGAGAGACGCGCCGGGCGUCAAGAGGGUCGUCGUCACGUCGAGCUUCGCGUCUGUGAUUGAUGAGGCCAAGACGGAGGACCCGAACACGACUUUUACGGAGGAAUUCUGGAACCCCGUCACAGUCGAGGAUAUCGGACGCAGUCCCGCGACGGCGUACCGCGCUUCCAAGAAGCUCGCCGAAAAGGCCGCGUGGGACUUUGUCAAGGACGAGAAGCCCGGUUUCGAUCUCGUCACGCUCACGCCGCCGCUCGUGUUGGGUCCUGUGGUACACCAUUUCGCGGACCUGAACAGCAUUAACACCUCCAACGAGCGGGUCGUGGACCUGGUCAAGGGGAAAUGGAAGGACGCUGUGGCGCCCACCGGUGCGGUGUACCUCUGGAUUGACGUGCGUGACCUGGCGCUCUCGCACAUCUUGGCGCUGGAGAAGCCCGAGGCUGGUGGAAAGAGGUUGUUUACGACGGCCGGGUGGUUCAGUAACGCCGAGAUUGCAAAGGUGGUGAGGAAGAAUUUCCCUGAGCUCGGGGAUAGGUUGCCUGCGGAGGGGACCAAGGGUGGGGAGCUGCCGCCCAAGGAUAAGGUGUAUGGGUACGACAAUAGCGUGACGGAGAAGAUUCUGGGUAUCAAGUGGAAGAGCUUGGAGGAGAGUAUUACUGAUUUGGUGAAGGAUAUUAAGGGGUUCGGGAUCUAGACUGCUGCGUCGAUAUGUGACUGUGAAAGAGAUAUCAAAUACGUCAGACAAAAAAAUUUCAACGGCCUCACCACUUUUUCUAUAUGAUAUUUCUCCUGAAAAGCCAUACAAGUAGUCACGAUAAGUUGCCAUGGC